GAGCCAAAGAUCUUUUGCUUUCAUCACAACACAAUUUUGUUUCUUUCUCUCACUUGACUCUUCCUCUCUUUUUGUUUUAAUUUAAAUUCUAUUUAAUUAAUCAAUGACUAAUCAAUAUGUUUGUACUCAUCUAUUUAACUAGUGUUUAGUUUAAUUACUGUUUCCAUUCUGGUUCAACUGUUUGGUAUUUGUAACUUUUAGGGUCUACCAAAUUACCUUAAUUGGAUUGAAGUUCAACUUGGUGUCUCUCCCUUUCAUCAUCAUCAAUCCAUAUCAUCAAUUUAUCUUUUACUCUUUCUCUCUUUAAUUGUUUAUCUUAAAAUCAAAGAGAGAUAAUCAUCCUAGUGGAUUGACUAUUAUUACUUUCUGGUGAUCCUAAUUGUCAAAUCAUCUAUGUUUCUAUUUGAAUGGUUCCAUUUUUAAUUUCUCUAAUCUAAUUGUCCAACUGAUACAAUGGAUGAAAAUUGGACUCCUGUUGAGGAUAAAUUCAAAUAUGGAGUUGCCAUUUCCAACUUCUCGCCAUCAUCAUUGGUUAACAUUAAAAGCGCCUUAGAGUUGACUGUUGGUGAAACUAUUGUCAUCCAACUGACCACCAAAGAUUGGUUUUAUGGCCAUAAAACGGGUGAAAAUAUUUCCGGAAUAUUUCCUAAAAGUUAUAUUGCAAUUAAGGAACCAACUGAUGAUAAGAAUGGCUCCACAAGAGAGCCAAGUAUAGCUCUUGAAGUCGCAAUAAUAAUCCGAGAAUGGAAAAUAAAAUGGAGACAACUUUACAUUAAGCGAAGUAAAGACUUUGACACUGUCAGACUGAUGAUGAUUGAGAUGAUUGACCUACGAAGUAAAAUAAUGUCCGGUGCCUUACCUGUAGACGAGCUUAAAAUAAUCAAGCAAACACUAACUUCUAAAAUUGAUUUAGGGAAUGUUUUACUUGGAUUUGAUAUGAUUGUUCGGGAUGAUCAAGGAAAUGUUCUAGAUCCAAGUGAAUGUAGUGCCAUUGAACUUUACCGUGCCCAUGAAAAUUCAACCGCUAAAAUAAGGAAAGAAUCAAAUCGAGGUCUAGCAAUCGCAAUAGAAAACAAGGAAAUUCUUCAAGCAAUGAAGGGUGUAAAUAGUCUUCAUUUCUCUCUCUAUGUAACAAUCAACAAUUGUACCUGUCACAUUGGUGAAGAUGCCGACAUAUUGAUAACCCUUUACGAUGGAAAAGAGUCCAAGUUCAUCAGUGAAAAUUAUGUUGUUCCCUGGAGCUCACAAGGAUUAAUGAAGGAAUUUGCUAAAUCCAACAAAGGACGUGUUGUAUUCUGUGAUCUCGGAAGUAAAGACUUAAAACGGGAAAAAGUUUACAUAAUUUGUCAAAUCAUUCGUAAAGGUGCAAUGGAAUUAAAGGAAAAUGAUCAAAGUCAUCGAGGAAAAAGUUUAUCACAAUUGAAGAAAGAUCAGCAUAAACGGUUAAAUGAAGGUAUUCGACGUCCAUUUGGUGUUGCCGCUUUCGAUGUGACGGACAUUUUAAAAGGAAAAGUCGAAAGUGACGGAGAGAAACAUUUUUUUAUUCCUUUCAUGCAAUGUAUGGAAAAGGAUACACUCGAUUCAACAAUUCGAAAACUUCUUUCUCUUAAAGGUGAAAUCAGUGAAAAAGAUCACAAAGGUCAAGGGCUAUGGAUAUCAUACAAACUAUUACUUGGUGAUCUUGAAAAGGCUCGUGGCGAUUCACCUCACCUAAUCUCUCAAUACACCAAAAUAGCUCGUCGAAUGGGUUUCCCUGAGAUUAUCCUACCAGGUGACAUUCGCAAUGAUUUAUAUUUAACUCUGAUUUCUGGUGAUUUCAGUUCAAAGGCAAGUAAUGCUAAGAAUAUUGAAGUAACCAUAAGAGCGUGCAAUGAUAAGGGAAUGGUCCUUUCCGAAGCAAUUAGUAUUGGCCCUGGCCUACCAUUAGGAUCAGAGUACAAGUCCGUUGUGUAUUAUCACGAGGAAAAACCGAAAUGGAUGGAAACUGUCAAAAUUUCACUGGACAUUGAAGAUUUUCGUAAUGCCCACCUAAAGAUAACUUAUAAACACCGAUCCAGUAAUGAAUCAAAAGACAAGAAUGAGAAACCUUUUGCCUUUUCAUUUAUUCGUCUUAUGAAUGAAAACGGUACUACUCUUAAAGACUCUGUCCAUGAGCUUUUAAUUUAUAAAAUUGAUUCUAAAAAAUAUGAUGAAACCGAUUCCAAUGUUAGCUAUUUCAAACUACCUUCAACACGAGCUGAACUUGAGACCAAAAUCCCGAAGGCAACCUACUCCAAUUCCGGAUCUAGUUUGAAAUUGGCCUUUUCCAAUAUUAGCGUCCCUGGUUUAACCCUUAAUCCUCGUGAUGUUUGUCUUGUUUCCUCGAUUGUCUGUUCAACCAAAUUGACCCAAAACAUUGACCUUCUUGGCCUAUUGAAAUCACCUCCAUCUACAAACGACGAGGAACUGAAAGCUUGUCUUGCAUUUAUGAAAGUUGAUGGUGAAGAUAUUGUCAAGUUUUUACAAGACAUUUUAGAUUCACUUUUCAAAACCUUAACCGACAAGGAAUCAGAUGAAUUUGUUGACUUGGUGUUCAAAGCAUUGGUCUUUGUGGUUGGUUUAAUCUCGGAUACCAAGUAUCAACAUUUCCGUCCCGUACUUAACGUUUACAUUGAGAAAACCUUUUCGGCUGCUUUAGCUUACAAUAAAUUGAUUAUUGCACUUCGACGAUACAUUGACAAAUUAUCCGCUGGACGAUUACAGUGUAGUAGUGACAAAUUAAAUGGACCAUCAGCACUUGACGCUUCCAUUGGAUCAGUUCACCGAGAUUUUAAUGAUAGUCAAUUUGUGAUCAGUAUGAUGAAAAGUUUGGAAUUUCUUUUCAAAUUUGUUGUUCGAUCUCGAUGUCUUUUCCUUGAAUCCCAGAGACUCCAAAGAUUUGACCAUGUUUCCCUCGAUCAUAUGAUUGAAUUUACUUCAAUGCAAGAUUUACUCAUUUCUUUUACUUCACUAAUGUCACCCCGAAGUAAAGCAAGCAUUGAAAUCCAAGCAUUGUGCCUUAAAUACAUUCCACCCGCAAUACCUGAGAUACUGAUUGUCUUUGAAAGGAAAACUUUAAGUCACAUAUUAACUGAAUUAAUUACUCGAGUUCCUUACGAAAAGUUGAAACAGCAAAAGUUAAUCUUUAUGUUGGAUAUCAUUCAGUGUGAUUGCCUUUUCGGUGACCCGGAAGCAAGGAAAAUAUUAUUACCCGUGUUUAGUGAACAUAUUCACCAUUUUCUCGAGAAGAAAACUGAAUUAGAUUAUUCUGUUCAAGUGCUAAGUGAAAUUUUAAUAGCUCUAAGUCAUCGUCCAUCCGAUGAAAUCGAAGCCGAUAUUGCCGACCUAAUGAUGGCCCUCCUUCGAACCGUUAUACUCGCCGUUAUUGGUCGAGGUCGUGAUCAACUAUUAAUCGGCAACCUAGUUGCCAUUAUGAUUGAUAUUCUUCGCCUUAUGACCCCAGGUCAUUACGAUAAAUACAUGGAACUCUAUAGUGACCAUCGGCAAUUGUUAGAAUUUCUAAUUGAACUACUUUUGGUCUUUAAAGAUCUUGUUUGUGCUCCAGUUUAUCCUAUUGACUGGAUUGAGAUGUUGAUGCUUCAAAAUUAUGUCAUAUUAACAUCGUUGAAACAAUUUGCGAUGAAAAUUCGUGAACGUUUUGUAGGCACUCACUUUGAAUAUCAAUUAUGGAACAACUUUUUCCACUGUGCAAUCGCCUUCCUAACACAGAAAGCACUUCAAUUGGAAAACUUUUCUCUCACCAAACGGAACAAAAUUUACGAUCGUUAUCGUGAUAUGAGACGUGAAGCAGCCUCAGAGAUUCGUUGUAUGUGGUUCCAUUUAGAUACUCACACUAUUGAAUUUGUUCCUGACUUAAUUGGUCCCUUUUUAGAAGUUGCUCUUAUUCCCGAUCAACAUCUUCGCAAAGAAAUUAUCCCAAUUUUCUUUGAGAUGAUGCAAUGUGAAUUCUAUUCAGCCCGUGUACCCACCCAACGAACAUUUAAAGGCUGUGAAGAUGAAAUGAUUACACAAUUAGAUAAAAUGAUCGAGGCAGGUAAAGGAGAUAUUAAUUUCCGUGAAUUGUUGAAACGAGAAAUUGAAGAUAAAUUUGAAAAUCAUUCUCACAUGAGGGAAAAAGGAUUAAAAUUUGUCAACAUGGUUGACAAAUUGAUUCGUCGGUUACUCGAGUAUCGAGCAAUGUUGAAUGACGAUGUUGAAGAGAAUCAAGAAUGUCUAAUGAUCUGUAUUGUUAAUCUACUUGAAUUUUAUCAUAAACACAAGAGAGAGGAAAUGUAUCUACGAUAUUUGUACAAAUUGGUCGAUCUUCAUAUCGCCUGUGAAAACUACACUGAAGCUGCCUACGCACUCUUAUUACACGCUACUCUCCUUCACUGGACCGAUGAACCUUUACCGCCUCAGUUAAGGUCAGAACGUAAUCCGGAAAGUAAAUCUCAUCGAGAGUUAAAGGAAAACCUUUACAAGACAAUAAUCGAUUACUUUGAGAAAGGUCAACAAUGGGAGGAAGGUUUAAAAGUUUGCAAAGACUUAAUAAUCAAGUACGAACGAGACAUACUCGACUAUGUUCAACUAUCAAAUUUGUACCAAAAAAUGGCCACACUUUAUGAUCAUAUUGUGAAACAAACUCGAAUCAAGCGAGAUUAUUAUCGAGUCGCUUAUUAUGGUAAAGGAUUUCCUGCUUUCCUCCGGAACAAAGUAUUCAUCCACCGAGGAAAACCUUAUGAGCGUCUCGGUGAAUUUACCAAACGUCUUAUGGACAUGUUUCCAAAUUGUAUUAAAUUAGAUCCACUUGCUUCACCUGAUCAAGAGAUUACCGAUUCCGAUGGUCAACAUCUUCAAAUCAAAACGGUUGACCCAUUGGUUGAAUUGAAAGACCGUUUCAGAGGAAAACUACUCCAUCCUCAUAUAAUCUCCUUCUAUGAAGGUAAUCAAGUUCAAAAGUUCAGUCUCUCAAGGAUAUUUAAACGUGAAUCUUAUUGGGGUGAAAAUGAAUUUGCCUCUCGUUGGGUUGAAAGAACAGUCAUGAAAACUCAAUAUCCACUUCCGGGAAUUUUAACCUGUUUCAUGGUAACCGAAGUUAACUCAUCAGAGUUUUCUCCAAUUGAAAUUGCUAUCGAAGACAUGGAGAAAACUAAAUCUGAUGUAAUCCGAGCAAUAUGUUCCCAUCACUAUCAAUUACCCAAUUUAAAUAUCGCUGAGAUACUUUUGAUGAAAAUUCAAGGUAUUGUCGAGGCUGCGGUCAAUGGGGGUAUCGUUAAUUAUGAAAAGGCUUUCGUUGAGAGUAGGGAAUAUAUUCAGAUUGAUGAUGGAAUGGACAUUGGACGUAAAGAUGAUCUCAUCAAAAAGUUAAUCAAUUCAAUUGCUUCCCUGAUUCCUAUUCUAGAGAUUGCAUUUGCUCUUGUUAAACCUUUCAUCACUCCCGAUCUUCAACCUUUGUAUGAACAUUUAGAGGAAUCGUUCCGUAAAAUGAAACAAUCACGAGAAGUGGCCUAUGGUAAACGACCACCUCCCAAGGAAUUAACUUUCCUAUUAAACGAGAUCAACAAACGUAACUCAUCAUCAACUGAAGGAGAAGAGAAAUUGGAUCGAUCAAGUCUCAAUCAAAGCGUUGGUAAAGGACGAUCUCGAUCGGUGUUUAGUCUUGCUAAUCCGCCCAAUUGGUCAUUUCCCUCUGGGGCAACAAUGAAGGAAACUCUGAGAUCCAAGAAAAAUUCAUCCAAUUCCAAUGCCAAUAGAAAAGCUAAAGGUGAAAGUAGCACCAAAUGGUUUGACGUUAAUGAUAACAAUCCAAGUUCGUUAGGUGAUAAUACCAAUAACAAUAAUAAUAACGAGAUAAAUACCGCCCGUUCCUCUGCAAACGAUGUCUCAAUGGACUCACUUUUGGUACGAUCAGCUGCUAUACGAACACCUAGACCUCGAAGUGGAGGACAAAUAAGACCCUCUCCAGGUCGAAGUCCAAUGAAUCACACACUCUCAGCGACCUGUUUAACUACUUUUCCAAUCCAAUCCGAGCCUGAAUACAAUGAAUCAUCAGAUAUAUUACAAGAUUCACCAGAACCACCGCCACUUCCAGUUAAACAACAUUCCACCAUGGAUCUGUCCAUUGGUAGUCCCGAUCGUGAACCCUUAACAAUAGAUGAUCGAACUUCCUUUUCUCGUAAUCGUAAAGGCUCCUUGCCCUCUAAAUCAUCAAUCUUCAACAAACCCCUUCCACCACCACCACCCACCGUUGUUUAUUAUGCUCACGCCCGACAAACAUCAGUUCCUAGUUAUCGAACAAGCUCUCGAACCUAUGUGUCACCCGAAGAUAAUACAGAACCACCUCUUCUGCCAAAGAGACCAAGUCAUAGUACCACCAACCUCUCAGUGCCAAUUUCCUCCGAAUCAAGGAAAGAUGCUAUUUGAAAGAGGGCCAAUAAUCAUACAAUUAAUUUCCAUUUACUAAUUACAAGGAAAAGAGGAUCAACCUAGUCUUUAAUUAUCCUUAAAUUGUCCACCUACUUUGGCCUUAUCAUAUUUUUUUACCCACCAUUGAGUAAUAUUUAAAUUCCAAUAAUUAACAGUAUCAUUCAUCAAACAAUUAUUAGUGCUAACUGGAUUUAAGGUAUUAAUCAUCAUCAUCAUUAUCAAGGAAACAAAAUGAACCAAACAAUUAUUGCCAUGAAAAAAAAACCAUUUUUUAUACUUACGAUUCUAAGCUCUAUUUUUAUAAAACUGUGAUUAUUAUCAACCUUGGAUAAUCAACGAAAAUCAUCCUAAAUCAUACCAACACAAUCAAAGUCAAUCAACAAGAAGAGAAAACAAAAUCAAGGCUAAUUAAUCAACUUGACUAAAGUUAUCAACCAAAUUGUUUCUUUAAUUUUUCUCUCUCUCUCUCUCUCUACCAAAACCAUAAAUGGGACACACACUAAAGCAUAUUCAAUAUGUAAUCAAUCAUAAUUGUAGACUAUUUUAUUUAUCUUCCUCUCUCCAAAUCAUUCACCUUCUAAUGACUUUUAAUUGCCUUAAUUUGAUUGAAAAACAUUUAUCUCAAUUGUUAAAUAAAUUCACAGGUAACAAUUUAUUUCUAUUAAAUUAAACAUUUCAAACUCGA